AUGUCACAAGCUCCUCUACCACCACCUCCUCCUCCACAAUGGGUUAUUGCAAUGAACUCCCCCAUGCCGCGCCCCUCAAAGGCCGCAUCCAGCAUUCCGGACCCGCCAGGCUUCUCGAGUAGUCGGGGAGGCAAGCAGCGUCAACAGCAACAGCAGCAGCAGUCUACCACGAAGAAACCUGAUGAGACCGACGCGCUUAAGAUGAAGAAGGCGUGGGAGAUCGCUAUCGCCCCGUCCAAACAGAUCCCAAUGAAUGCCAUUAUGAUGUACAUGUCCGGCAACAGCCUCCAAAUUUUCAGCAUCAUGAUGGUCCUCAUGUUGUUCAAGGGUCCUAUCCAGGGUCUGAUCAAUACCAAUGCGGCGUUCGCCAAGUACGAAACUCCUUCCACACAUUCGCGUAUGCUUGGAGUGAAGGUGGUCUACAUGUUGAUGCAGCUGGUAUUACUGGGGUUGGGUAUCUGGAAGGUCAAUGCGAUGGGACUGUUGCCAACUACGAGAUCGGAUUGGCUAGCAUGGGAGUCGGAACGACAACCUUUGGAGCGGGCUCAUUUUGCUUUCAGGUAA